CUCCUCACAGCAUAGCCCCAGCUGCAAGAAAAAGGGACCCCUGUAUUUUUAGAACUUUCCAUCUACUCCUUGAAUCCUUGGAACAACUCUAUGAGUUAUGCCUUCUCAGGACUCUGACCUUCCCCGGAAGGAGCGGGAGAAAAUGACCGAGUUUCAGGAGGCGGUGACCUUCAAGGACGUGGCCGUGACCUUCACCGAGGAGGAGCUGGGGCUGCUGGACUCCGCCCAGAGGAAGCUGUACCAGGAUGUGAUGGUGGAGAACUUCCGGAACCUGGUCUCAGUGGGACAUCUUCCCUUCAAGCCAGAUAUGGUGUCCCAGUUGGAGACAGAAGAAAAGCUUUGGAUGAUGGAGAGAGAAACCCAAAGAAACGGGCAUUCCAGUGAGAACCGCAAAGCUGUUAUUUCAGGCAGCAAGAAUCCCGAUGAGGUGGAGACUCUUGGAAAAGUCGCAUUAAAAUACCUUUCAUGUGAAGAGCCGUCUUGCUGGCAAAUCUGGAAACAGGUUGCAAGUGAUUCAACGUGCUGUCUUCAGAGGAGGACUUCCCAUUUCCUACAAGGUGAUUCUCUUCAGGUUUCUGAAAAUGAGAACCAUAUGAUGAACCACAAAGACGAUAGUUCCAGUUACCUUGAAAAUCAAGAGUUUUUGAUUUUGAGAACCCAGGAUUCCUGUGGGAAUACGUAUGUGAGUGAGUCAGGGAAUCAGAGUAGAGGUAAGCAAACGAAUGGGAAAAACAACCCACGUAUAUGUGAAGCCUUCAUGAAGAAAUCACCCCUGAGUGAUCCUGUUAAAACUGACACAGAACAGAAACCCUGCAAAGGAGAGAGACCGUAUCCCUGUAGAGAGUGUGGGAAAAGCUUCAGUGAUAGCGAAGUGCUCCCAGUUCAUCCGAGGGUUCUCCUGGGAGAGAAAUGCUCCCAUCUGCAAAGUCAUCAAAAAAUUCACCCGCGAGGGAAAGUCGAUAAAUGUCGUGAAUCCGGCGAUGGUUUCAAUAGGAACUCCUUUCAUCCCCGUCAAUCUAAUCACACGGGAGAGAAGUCCUACAGGUGCGACAGUUGUGGCAAGGGAUUCAGUAGCAGCACAGGCCUUAUCAUCCACUACAGGAUACACACGGGGGAGAAGCCUUACAAAUGCGAGGAGUGCGGUAAAUGCUUUAGCCAAAGUUCAAAUUUUCAGUGCCAUCAGAGAGUCCACACCGAAGAGAAACCGUACAAGUGCAACGAGUGCGGGAAGGGCUUCGGCUGGAGCGUUAACCUUCGUGUUCACCAGAGGGUCCACAGGGGUGAGAAACCCUAUAAGUGUGAGGAGUGUGGGAAGGGCUUCACGCAGGCCGCGCAUUAUCACAUACAUCAGAGGGUCCACACCGGGGAGAAACCCUACAAAUGCGAUGUCUGCGGCAAGGGGUUCAGUCACAAUUCUCCUUUGAUAUGCCACCGGAGGGUCCACACUGGAGAGAAACCGUACAGAUGUGAGGCGUGCGGGAAGGGCUUCACCCGUAACACAGAUCUUCACAUCCACUUCCGUGUCCACACGGGAGAGAAACCCUACAAAUGCAAGGAGUGCGGGAAGGGCUUCAGUCAGGCUUCCAAUCUGCAAGUCCACCAGAACGUCCACACCGGGGAGAAACGAUUCAAAUGUGAGACGUGUGGGAAGGGCUUCAGUCAGUCAUCAAAGCUGCAGACCCACCAGAGAGUCCACACAGGGGAAAAGCCCUACAGAUGUGACAUGUGCGGUAAGGACUUCAGUUACAGGUCAAAUCUUAAACUGCACCAAGUCAUUCACACUGGAGAAAAACCGUAUAAAUGUGAGGAGUGCGGGAAGGGCUUCAGUUGGAGAUCAAACCUUCACGCUCAUCAGAGAGUCCACUCAGGAGAGAAACCCUACAAAUGUGAGGCGUGUGAUAAGAGCUUCAGUCAGGCCAUAGAUUUCCGGGUCCAUCAGAGAGUCCACACGGGCGAGAAACCCUACAAGUGUGGUGUCUGUGGGAAGGGCUUCAGCCAGUCCUCUGGUCUUCAGUCCCAUCAGAGGGUCCACACUGGGGAGAAGCCCUACAGAUGCGAUGUGUGUGGAAAGGGCUUUCGUUACAGUUCACAGUUUAUAUACCACCAGAGGGGCCACACUGGUGAAAAGCCUUACAAAUGUGAGGAGUGUGGGAAAGCCUUCGGGCGGAGCCUGAAUCUUCGCCAUCACCAGAGGGUCCACACAGGAGAGAAACCCCACAAGUGUGAGGAGUGUGGGAAGGCCUUCAGUCUCCCCUCCAAUCUUAGAGUCCAUCUGAGUGUUCACACUCGGGAGAAACUGUUUAAAUGUGAGGAGUGUGGGAAGGGCUUCAGUCAGAGUUCUCGGCUUCAAGCCCACCAGAGGGUCCACACAGGAGAAAAACCAUACAAGUGUGACAUAUGUGGUAAGGACUUCAGUCACCGUUCACGGCUUACAUACCAUCAGAAAGUCCACACUGGCAAGAGUUUUUAAAAGUGAGAAGUCUGUUAAUGACUUCAGUCAGGAUGCACAUCUUCAAGGUUUUGGAGAGUCAAUGCUGCUGAUAAACUCUAUGAAGUAUUGAGAGUGGAAAGGGAUUCCUUCAGAUUGAAUCUUCCCAGCAAAUCCAUUAAAAUGGUGACAUAGAACCAUACAUAGUAACAGGGGAGAAAUAGGUUGUAACCCUCUUGGUAAGAUCCACUUGAUAUAAAUGAUCUCUCAAAGUGAAUAUAGGCCUAAAGACAGUGUGUGAAAAAGAUAUUUGCCAUAUACUAACUAGUUUUUUUUUGAGGGGGGAUGUCAAGGAGGGCUUUGGGGUUAUUUUUCCAUCAACUUCCAUUUUAUACUUGUUUACAGUGACCGUUAUUUUUACUAAAGCUGUAAAACUAUGAAAAAUGAAAUAAAUAAAAUUACUAAAAAUUUCCUGUAGCCAAGAAUUUGUAAUAUGAUUGCUUUAUUUCAUAUGAUAUAUUGGAUUAAAAUUAAGGAAUAGAUCCCCAGAGAUGAACCUUUGAUCUUCAGAAGUAAAUACGUAUCUGCCGCAGAUGUAUAUAAAGGAAUGUUCAUUGCAUUAUUGUUUAUAAUAGCAAACAGAGAAAUAAUCAGUUGGGUUGCCAAAGUAUUUUAUGAUUUACUUAUCCAGUGCAAAUUGUUGCUAUGGAUGUUGGAAGAUGUCCAGAAUACAUUAACCUGGAAAAACACAAAGCAUGGGAUUUUUGUGUGAUCUCAUUAA